AUGGAGAUGGAUAAUAAUAACUAUGAAAUAGCAGCAACCAUGGCAGAUGAUCAACUGGAUUUCAGUGAGUUUCCUUUAUGGAAUUGGCAACUUGAUUAUCCUAUAGAUGAUUUUAUUGUUGAAGCUAGUCCUUUAGCACAGUGUGACUCUUCAUGCUCUUUUUUUCCUCCUGACAAUCUCAUCAUGCAAGAUGAGUUUUAUGGUUUGUUGGAUGGAGAGAAUGGGUUUUGGGAUGAGAACUUGGAUAAUGAGACUAGUAGUGAAUCAAAGAAGGUGGAGAGAAGUGUAAAGGAUGAGAAGGUUAUAACAUUUGAGGAUGUGUCUAGGUACUUUUACAUGCCUAUAACUCAAGCAGCAAAGGAACUCAAUGUUGGGCUCACACUCUUGAAGAAGAAGUGCAGAGAGUUGGGUAUUCCAAGGUGGCCACAUAGAAAGAUGAAAAGCUUGCAAACAUUGAUAAAGAAUGUUCAAGAAUUGGGUAGAGAAGAGGGGAAUGUAGGAGAAGAACAGCUGAGGAGUGCAUUGGAUAUACUUGAACAAGAGAAGAAGAUGAUGGAGAAGGAGCCAGGGUUGCAAUUGGAGGAGAAAACCAAGAGGUUAAGGCAAGCUUGUUUUAAGGCUAAUUACAAGAAGAGAAGGCUCAUGGCUCUUGAGUAUACCAACCAUUUGUGACCCAAUGUAAUCUCAUCUUUAA